AUGGAUGACGAAUUUGGAGAUGAACCGGAUUUGGUUGCGUUAACUAGGCCAAAUCAACCAGAUAGAAGCCCAGCGCGGGCCCCCGCGCCAGUGGCAGAUCGUGCUACAGGGGUCCAGCAGCCCAAGCCCCAAGCACUUCCAAGCAGAUCAGGGCCUGCUGCCAUUCUAGUAUCUGCAAGACAAAGAGGGAACCCCAUCCUCAACCAUGUUAAACACGUCCCUUGGGAAUAUGCUGAUAUUCCCGCGGACUAUGUGGUUGGGAACUCAACCUGUAUCCUCUUCCUCUCCCUUAAAUACUACCGUCUACACCCCGAGUACAUUUAUUCUCGAAUCAAGGGUCUUGGGGGGAAAUAUAAUUUACGAAUCCUUCUCAUCAUGGUUGAUAUCCCGAAUCAUGAAGACAGCCUUAAGGAAUUAUCGAAGACGUCACUGGUCAAUAAUCUGACACUCAUCCUUUGCUGGUCCGCUGUUGAAGCAGGGCACUACCUGGAGCUAUUCAAGUCUUGCGAGCAUGCGCAGCCGACUGCAAUACGAACUCAACAAUCUCAGUCUUAUAAUGAGAGCCUGGUCGAGUUUAUUACGACUCCCAGAAUCAUCAACAAAUCGGACGCCGCUAGUUUGAUAUCGACAUUUGGUAGCUUAGAGGCCGCGAUCAAUGCUCAACCAGAGCAAAUUAGUGCUGUUCCCGGGUGGGGAGAGAAGAAAGUUCAACAAUGGCACGAUGCUGUAACAAGCGAGUUUCGUAUACGAAAAUCUACGAAACGGAGAGCAGAACCAUCCGGGGGUAAAAAUAGAAGAGCUCAGAUCCCAGACAACGGCCGUACGGAGGAAGAAAGUGCAUUUCUCGCUGCUCAUAGCGAGGAAUAUAGGCGUGACGUGACAGGGUCACAGUCCGCAAUCACAAGCAGUCGCUUACACGAAAAUAGAAGCGAUAGUGUGAAUGACACGCAAGUUGAAACACUUAUCUCAGAAGAGAGAAGAGUAGAGUCGAACCCACGUCGAUCAGGUCAGGAAGAGAAACGGUUGAAUGAUGGUGUCAUGGCAGCGCUUGAUCGACUUCGAGAAAACGGUGGCUGA